AGCCAAUUAAUAAUCGACGACUUGCUAAAAUCCACACCGUCAAUGGAUUUUGGACAACGUGUUUAGAUCAGAAGGCUGCAGCCAUUCACGCGUAUAACUUACCGAAAAUCCCUUUCCAGAUCCUGCAAAUUGCCUUCGUUUGCCAUUUUUUUCAUUUUACUGCUUUUCUUCAUCUCCCUGAAAAUGGCGGAAGAUCGGUACAAUUUAAAAAACCCCUCAGUGAAGAGGAUUUUACAGGAGGUGAAGGAGAUGCAGGAAAACCCCAGCGGUGACUACAUGAGCCUUCCUCUUGAGGAAAAUAUUUUUGAAUGGCAAUUUGCGAUAAGGGGUCCUUGUGAUACUGAGUUUGAAGGUGGAGUCUAUCAUGGACGUAUCCAGUUACCUGCAGAAUAUCCAUUUCAGCCGCCAGCAUUUGUGUUGCUAACGCCAAACGGGCGGUUUGAAACGCAAACCAAGAUAUGCUUAAGCAUAUCGAAUCAUCACCCUGAGCAUUGGCAGCCAUCUUGGAGUGUUCGGACAGCACUAGUGGCCCUGAUUGCCUUCAUGCCCACUGAUCCGGAUGGAGCUUUGGGUUCACUGGACUAUGGAAAGGAAGAAAGGCGUGCUCUUGCGAUCAAGUCACGUGAAGCACCUCCCAAGUUUGGUACUCCAGAUCGGCAGAAACUCAUUGAUGAGAUUCACGAAUACUUGUUGAGUAAGGUGCCCCCAGUGCCCAAGACCGAACCUUCUAUGGACGAGCUACAGCCUCGAACUGAGGGAAUAAACUCACCACACACCGAGCAAGAUGACGACAGCAACAAUUUGUCCAUCGCAAACAUUAAUGAAGAACCGGCUGGUGGAGCGGCAGGACCUGGGAGGGUGGUGGAAGAUGUGAGGGAGGUGCGUGUGGAUGCAAAUGCAGGCCCACUGAGGGUCACCUUUAGCGCGGGGCUGCGGGUCUCCAGGCGGGCUCAGCCUGGUGAACAGGCUGUGUUGCAGCUGCAGCAACAGCAGGGAGGUCCACAGCAGCAACCCGUUGCAGCUGUGAGGGCCCAUGUGGCCAUUGACGACAGGUGGUUGACGAGGAUGGCAGCUGCUUUGGCCAUUGCUAUUGCGGCCCUUUUGCUUAAGAAAUAUCUCAAAUCCAUUGGAUGGGCCAAGUGAGAGGUAUUCUCGAUGGUUAGUUACAUAGAGAGAGGGAGGGUUUUGCAUGUCAGAGAUUGAUUCCUUUUUGUUUUUUUUUCUCUAUAUUCUGAAAUAAAGUAGUUGAAAGAAUGCGAAUUUGAUGGUGUCUAGUGUAAUAUAACACGUAUUAUUGGGUAUUUGUAUAGUGGACCAGGAAUGGGAUAUGUUCGUGUACUAGAAAUUGUGGUAUGAAGGGAGACACCUAUCAAUCUCCCUUCACUAUAAACUCACCUUAUGAAGCGAAAAAAUAACUGUCAUGCUGGUUUUGUACCUUUUAAUGUCUAUCCGAUAAGAUAAAGGAUUGUUAAUAUGAAAAUGCCUUGGGAACA